ACAAAGAAGAAGCGGUCUGUGAAACAGCAGCGCGUUAAUCUGACCUGCAGCGGCUCUCUGGGCUGAACCGGACCGGUAUGCUGUGGACUGAAUAUGGACCUGAAUGAGUCUCUGGGGAAGAAGCGGCAGGAAGCGGACCGGGAGUUCCGCGGCUCCGCUGGACAGAGUCCCCGCCGGUGACGGUGCCGGUGCCGGGAAGCUGAGCGUGCUGUGGUCCGUGUCCUACCCGCUGCUGGCCGUGCUGUCCCUGCUGCGGUCGCUCCUCCGCUGGCUGUGGAGGCGCACCGCGGCCGCUGGCAGAGCCGAGCCCCGAGCCGACGAGCCUGGCGGCGCGAAGCGGCAGCAGCGGGACGGCGGCGGGAGCCCGGAACCAGGCGAGCGGGUCAGGAGCCACCACGGCCGGGCCUUCGAGUUCAUGUCUGCGGCGCUGAGGAUCGAUGAGGACGAGCAAGGUGACAAGCAGCAGGCGGUGGUCUGGUACCAACGAGGCAUCACCGAGCUGGAGAAAGGCGUCGCCAUCCAGAUUGCAGGAAGCGGAGAGACAUAUGAGCGUGACAGACGUCUGCAGAAACAGAUGACCUCCAACCUGAUCAUGGCUGAAGACCGACUGCAGUCUUUAGUCAAGGUGGUGUCGGGGUCCGGGGCUCAGACAGACAUUUACACUGAGCCCGCCUACCAUACUGCCCACCUGCGCUCAGCAGGUGGCGCUGUCUCCAGAAAGAAAGACUCUGUUUGUCCGGCACCAUCCAGCCGACCAAAGCCCCUCCCAAAGACGUCCUGUUCUUCGGCGGCGAGGCUCCAUCGCCCAUCAGACCUCGGCUCGCAGCGCCCCCCCGCCCACAGUAACAGUAAGGGCAGAACAAGUCGGCACGCCGUUAAAGUCAGCUCCCCGACGUCGAGCCCGCUGAAGAAGAAGGACACGAAGAACUUGAAGAACGUAGACGGGAAGCUCGCCAACCUCAUCCUCAACGAGAUCGUGGACAGCGGAUCGUCUGUGAGGUUUGAAGACGUUGCCGGUCAGAAUCUGGCGAAGCAGGCGCUGCAGGAGAUCGUCAUCCUGCCGGCGCUGAGGCCGGAGCUGUUUACAGGACUGCGUACUCCAGCCAGAGGACUUCUUCUGUUCGGUCCGCCCGGCAACGGCAAGACGAUGCUGGCUAAAGCUGUGGCUGCUGAGUCCAACGCCACCUUCUUCAACAUCAGCGCCGCCAGCUUAACCUCCAAAUAUGUGGGUGAAGGGGAGAAGCUGGUCCGAGCUCUGUUCUCUGUGGCCAGAGAGCUGCAGCCCUCCAUCAUCUUCAUCGAUGAAGUGGACAGUCUGCUGUGUGAACGACGGGAGGGCGAGCACGACGCCAGCCGACGCCUAAAGACCGAAUUCCUCAUCGAGUUUGACGGGGUCCAGUCAGGAGGGGACGACCGGGUUUUGGUGAUGGGAGCCACCAACAGGCCUCAGGAGCUGGACGAGGCUGUUCUCAGGUCAGAUCUCCCUGUCUUUAACAAAAUGAUCUUGUCACAAGAUUUGAUGAUGUCAUCUCAGGCUGUGGAUUUGACCUCUUCUGAUCUUUUCUUCUGUGAAAUGUGUUUUUUCUUCUUCCUCGUUGUUUUAGUCAAGGUGGUGUCGGGGUCCGGGGCUCAGACAGACAUUUACACUGAGCCCGCCUACCAUACUGCCCACCUGCGCUCAGGUGGCGCUGUCUCCAGAAAGAAAGACUCUGUUUGUCCGGCACCAUCCAGCCGACCAAAGCCCCUCCCAAAGACGUCCUGUUCUUCGGCGGCGAGGCUCCAUCGCCCAUCAGACCUCGGCUCGCAGCGCCCCCCCGCCCACAGUAACAGUAAGGGCAGAACAAGUCGGCACGCCGUUAAAGUCAGCUCCCCGACGUCGAGCCCGCUGAAGAAGAAGGACACGAAGAACUUGAAGAACGUAGACGGGAAGCUCGCCAACCUCAUCCUCAACGAGAUCGUGGACAGCGGAUCGUCUGUGAGGUUUGAAGACGUUGCCGGUCAGAAUCUGGCGAAGCAGGCGCUGCAGGAGAUCGUCAUCCUGCCGGCGCUGAGGCCGGAGCUGUUUACAGGACUGCGUACUCCAGCCAGAGGACUUCUUCUGUUCGGUCCGCCCGGCAACGGCAAGACGAUGCUGGCUAAAGCUGUGGCUGCUGAGUCCAACGCCACCUUCUUCAACAUCAGCGCCGCCAGCUUAACCUCCAAAUAUGUGGGUGAAGGGGAGAAGCUGGUCCGAGCUCUGUUCUCUGUGGCCAGAGAGCUGCAGCCCUCCAUCAUCUUCAUCGAUGAAGUGGACAGUCUGCUGUGUGAACGACGGGAGGGCGAGCACGACGCCAGCCGACGCCUAAAGACCGAAUUCCUCAUCGAGUUUGACGGGGUCCAGUCAGGAGGGGACGACCGGGUUUUGGUGAUGGGAGCCACCAACAGGCCUCAGGAGCUGGACGAGGCUGUUCUCAGGCGUUUUGCUAAGCGUGUUUACGUAGCUCUGCCAGACGAGGAGACUCGCUUCAAGCUGCUGAAGAACCUGUUGGGGAAACAUGGAAACCCGCUGACGCACAGAGAGCUGAGGCAGCUGGCCAGAAUGACAGAAGGCUACUCCGGCAGUGACCUCACCUCAUUGGCUAAAGAUGCCUCCCUGGGACCAAUCAGAGAGCUGCGUCCAGAACAAGUGAGGAACAUGGAGGCCAGCGAGGUCCGAAACAUUUGCUUCAGAGACUUUGAGGAGUCUCUGAAUAAGAUCAAGAGGAGCGUCUGUCUGCAGACUCUGGAGCUUUACGUCCGCUGGAACAGAGACCACGGAGACACUACGGCUCUGUGAACUCCACACAAACAGACUUCUUCCAAAACCGCGUUUUUAUGAACCUUUGCACGAAUGUUUCUACGAAAUAAAGAAUCUUCCUCUUA